AUGGGUAAACAUACGAUUGGUAAUGAUAGAGGCUUGUUUCUAGAACUGGCAUGUCAGGAGGAGACACUUGUUACCAACCUCAAUCGAUUGGAGAGGGAUUUAAUCAGUCGACUGCCACUUUGUUUCAAACGCGAUGAGAUGCUUGGUCCAAAUGUAGAGUUCACAUCGGUACUGCCAUGUACCCAUGAACAGUAUCAGGAUCAGACCAUUGCAUUCAUUCUAGAGCUGAGUGAUUACAUUGAUCAUGAUCUAGACACAUCUGUCAUAUCAAAGUCACUGUUCAUUCACCAAGCAAUGAUCCUAAUCGAGAAGGUUCAAUCAUCGUUACGUAUAAUGAUGUCCAAUGUCAUCAACAUCUUUGGAUCAGGAUCACUCAAUAAGCUUCAGAUGAAGGAUCAGAAACAGCAGUCUAUCAAUGCACUAAUGUUUUGGUUCCGAUUCAAUACAUCGUUGAUACACUUGAUGGCCUCAAUCAAUCAUCAUCAUUGUACAAACAUACAGCAGAAUGAUGAUGAUCAGACAUCAUUGUUGGUCAAUAGUGUAUCAUAUAAUUACAUCAAGUACUUGAUCACAUUCAUCACUUCCAAUGCUCAUACCAACCAACAGUUAUUAACAGAGACCAAACCAUUUGUUGAUCAACUUGGUCGUGUGUUUGAAAGAUAUCACUCACAGACUACUCCAUCAUCCUCCUCCUCCUUUUGGACUCUAUUUGACAAGGUAUUCCAGAAGGUACAUUCUCGUGGCAAACAAUUAGAUGAGUAUCAGAGUCACUACAUCAAGUGUCUGGAUAUAGUUGUACAGUGUCAAUCAACAACAACAACAUGUUAUCAUUGGAUUGGUGUGUUCAACUUGGUCACCAACUAUUACAAUCAUCUAUGUGACGUUGUUGACAAAAAGAUGUUGAUGGAAAGGAUCACCAAUGGAAGACAACAUAUACUCAGACUGUUCCAACUCAUUCAUAGUCUAUCAACUCGCUGGAGUCUACCAUCGUUAGAGACCUACGAGCAAGAUAACGUCAUUGAAAUGUUCAACUAUAUGUUUGAUAUGGUCUAUGACGUAUCAUUCGCCAGCAACAACAGAGACAUUAAUCUGGAUCAAUACUUUGAGCGCUAUGUCAACAAUGCAGAUGACUGUGAAAGUACAUCAUCGUCAGGCGGCGGAAGAGAAGAUAAUCAUAUACAAUCAGAUGACUUGAUCAUUCUUUGGACAUUGAUAUUGAACACACACUUGAACAGACAGGUCAGCGAGUUAUGGACAAUGAAAUCAACACUCAUCGCUUCAAACCUACGAAAGAGUAUGAAGGACAACAUCACUGUCGUCAGACUUCAGACGAAACACACGUACGCACAGGACGAGCUCAUGAACAAACCCUUGCCAAAGAACUACUGGGAUUACUACCAAGUGGACCUUCGAAGAAAGAACUCUCAAGUACCUCUCAGUGUGCUGUGUCUAUACACCUGGACAUUGCUCACAAACAUCAGACAAUUGGCACUCAUCUCCCCGGCCAAACUCGCUACCACCACCGAGAUCAUCUCCAACAUGGACAAACUAUACAAACUCAUUGACUUGACGAAAGAUAUCAAGACAGCAUCAUCAGCAGCACAAGGUGAAGAGGUAGUGGUAUACAUUGAACAUAUCGUCAAGUCAUUCAUUGGCCUUAUGCCACUCGUUCGACAUUUACCACCAGUCAUAUCAAAGUUGGUUGAGCUACUCAAGACAAUCUUCAAGCUGUUCCACAGCAAAGUGGAUAUGAGCACUAUUCAUAGUCAUGAGAUGAUACUGGAAUGUUGUUGUGAGUUGAUCACACUUGAACAUUUGGCAUCACCAUCAUCGCCACUAUUCCUACUCAAGAAGGACAUUAGAUUGGAUCAAAUGCCAACCCUAUUCAAUCACCCAUUCACACCUGCAUCAAUAAGAUACAUGCAUGUUGUACUCAAUACAAUGCUGUCAAGUUGUGGCCCUGCUGUUGGUCUACAGUCACUUGAUAAAGAACACAAGAGUAUCAUUAUACAGUUCACCUGCUCCGUUCUACCAAACCUUAUUUACAUUCUAUGCGAUAUGGACAAUCCUUCCAAAAGGGUUCAUCAACAACUUGAAAGAACAGUCAUUGUUGAGUCAAUAGUAAUUGCCAAGGCUGCCAUUCCCAUUACGAUACUCUGUCACUUCACCAUCAAACUGGAAUAUCUGUUACGUGAUCCAAGUUAUAUGAUAAACAUAAUCAAAGAUCAUAAUGAUGAUGAUGACAUUCUAUCAAUGUUCCCGAUGCUGUUAUUAUACUUUGAGUAUGGUGCCAAGACUAGAAAGGUCAUUGAAUCCAUACUACCCAGAUUGAAUCAGCAUUGCUUUGACAAUCCCAUCACCACCUGUGUUCCUUUGUCCACAAUUGAAAGGAUGGAUACUCUUCGAAUAUUUAUCACUCACUUGGCCAAGUUAGAAUCAUCUCGAUUUAACAUCCAAACAAUCUUUAAGAACAUUGUAGACUUUGUCAAUGCAGAGAUUGGAAUAUCAGUUGAAGAGGAUUUCAUCAAAGUUGUAGAUACAUUGAUAGAGACUAUUCUCUCCAAAGUGGUUCUCAAUGUUAAAUUUGGCACUGCAUUGGCUACAUCACUACUUGGGACACAAGUAAUUCAACAGAGAGUGGCCAGAUUAUUCAAUGUCCUUCCAAUAUACACUGUUGGUCGUAAUUACAAAAGUUCCAACUUGGAAUUGUUCGCUUUGCACUUCUCGACCAUCCUCAUCAAAUCCGACUUUACCCUGGAUAGAACGACCAUUGACCUUAUAUCCAAUGAUACCACACUGCGAAGAGUCACUCUGAAGUGUAUAUGUUUACCUAUUAUCAAUGGACAGGCAGCUGAUGACUACUCUACAGGUGUAUUGCGAGUGAUCAAACAAAUCUAUAAGCAUUCCAAAGCACCAAAACAGUUCAUCAAAGAGUUUAGCCUACUUAUUCCAAAGAUUACUCCAUUCCUCAAUUCCAUUACCAGUACAACACCAUCUGCACUAGCAUUGCUUAAAGUUUUCUACGAGACACUCAGCACCAACUACCCUCUGGUCAAGUGCGACGACUACUACUACUCGACACAUUUGCCAAAGGAGAUCUUUAACAUGUACAGCCACUUUGUACAGUAUAGCAUUGAUGCCACACGAUCAAUCAUGUUAUCAGCGUCACCUGGCCACAGAGAGACAUCACAUGACAGCAACAGUGAUCUUAAAAUGUUCCUACAAGAAUUGCACCAAAACAUUGACCUCUGCAUAUUUGAAGGCCCCACAGGGAUUGCAGUGCCAAACUGUAGGAAACUAUUUGGUGGUCCAAUGAUUUCCCUUUCCUCAUCCACCUCUGUCAUCUCUCCAGAAUUGAAAGAACGACUAUGGAAACAAUCACUCAAGGUCCUCAGAGCACUCUACAACUUUGGAUCGUAUGGACGAAAGUUGAUCACCGACCAAAUACAUUCAUCGUCCAUGCUCUCUUUGUUCCGCAAGACAGAGUAUCACUCUCAGACCAUUAAAUUCUUACAAAGUCUUGGCGUUAUUGGGAUGACAUAUCUAGAGUACCUGAAUAUUCUAUGA